AUGGCAACCUCUCCACCCUAUCAUCACCUCCAGGACAAGAGAAUCAUCGUCGCCGGGGCUGGGAUCGGUGGCCUGGCAUUCGUUGUUGCUCUUCACCACCAAUGGAUCACGUCCCCGCUCUACUCGGCCGGCAAGUUCCCCAGCAUCUUCAUCUGUGACCGUGAUCCCAAGCAAGUUAGCCAGGAACGCGAGGGCUACUCUCUGUCCCUCAAUGGCCUAGAUAUCAACGGCGGCUUGGUGGCCCUUCAUGAUGUCGGCCUUCUUGAUGCUGCGUUGAAAUGCUCCUUGCUAGGAACAGACAGUACGAAUUCCUUUCGCAUGUGGGACGCAGAGUGGAAUGAAUUACUGCGAGUGACCCGCAAGCCUCACGACGGGCUGCCCACUGCUGGCAUUAGGAUCAGGCGCAUGGACCUACGGAAUAUCUUGAUUGAAGCAGCAGAGAAGAUCACCGAAAUCCAUUGGGGCACUAGUUGUACUUCUGCCAAACAACUUGAUGAUGGUCGAGUACAGGUCACGCUAUCAGCCACAGAAGUCGGAACCAGACUGGAAGAAUGUGACCUCUUGGUUGCCGCAGAUGGUGCUCAUAGCAAGAUCCGUGCAUCAGUUCGCCCCGAAGAUGAGCUGAACUACCAAGGCGUCGUCCAGAUCGGAGGAAUCGGUCAAUUCCCGGAUGGGAACCUGCCCGAACCAAUCAAUGAAACCUGGGGUAUGGCCGUCUCCGGGCAAGGGGUCGGAUGCUUCAUGUCCCCUGUGGACAAAACCAGUGCUGUCUGGGCAAUAAGCCGCGAAGAGCCAGAGCCCCGGCAAAAGCCUAUGGGCGAUGGUGAUAAGCAGGCGGCCCUUGAAGAGGCAAAGGAGAUCGGACACAUGUUGAACGGGCCUUUCCCGAAAAUGAUUCAGGCAACAGAUCCUUCCACAAUGUUCGUGAUCCCUGCUCGUGAUAAGCAGCCCUUUGUCCACGACGUCAAUGGUCUCACAAGAAUUGUAUUCAUUGGUGACAGUAACCACGCUGUCAGCCCAUUUGCUGGGAAUGGGGCCAAUUUGGCUCUUAAAGACGGUUGGGAUUUAGCAGUCAAAUUGUGGGAGCACUCGACAGUACGCGAGGCAGCUGAAUCAUACGAUAAACUUGCGUUUCCAAGGGCUAUGACUACGUUGAAAUCUUCACACCAGAGGAUGGGUAUAGCCCAUGCUACGGGUCUCAAAUUCCAGGUAAUGCGAGUUGCUUUCGGAGCCGGGAAUUGGCUCAUGUGGCUCUUCGGCAUCUGA